AGCCCGGACUGCGUCAUCGCGAGAGCGGUCCUGCGGCGCGGAUGGCCACGGAGCCGGGCGGCGCUGUCCGGCGGCUCCCGGAGCCGGCUCUGGGGCCCAGGACAUGGCCCGGGGUCCCGGCCCGCUAGGGCGGCCUCGCCCCGACCCGGCCGCCAUGCCCAAGCGAGGGAAGCGACUCAAGUUCCGGGCCCACGACGCCUGCUCGGGUCGAGUGACCGUGGCGGAUUAUGCCAACUCGGACCCGGCCGUCGUGAGGUCCGGACGAGUCAAGAAAGCCGUGGCCAAUGCUGUUCAGCAGGAAGUAAAAUCUCUCUGCGGCUUGGAAGCCUCUCAGGUUCCCGCGGUGGAAGCUCUCUCUGGGGCUGGGGAGCCCUGCGAUGUCACUGACAGCAGUGACGAGAUGGAUGCGCAGGAGGAGAGCAUCCAUGAAAGACCCGUCUCCAGAAAAAAGAAAAGCAAGAGGCACAGAGAAGCCCUGGAUGGGGCUGGAGGUGAAGAGUACCCCAUGGAUAUUUGGCUGUUGCUGGCCUCCUACAUACGUCCUGAGGACAUUGUGAAUUUUUCCCUGAUUUGUAAGAACGCCUGGACUGUCACUUGCACUGCCGCCUUUUGGACCAGGUUGUACCGAAGGCACUACACGCUGGACGCCUCUCUGCCUUUGCGCCUGCGCCCAGAGUCCAUGGAGAAGCUGCGCUGCCUCCGGGCAUGUGUGAUCCGAUCUCUGUACCAUAUGUAUGAGCCCUUCGCUGCUCGAGUCUCCAAAAACCCAGCCAUUCCAGAAAGCACGCCCAGCACAUUAAAGAAUUCCAAAUGCUUACUUUUCUGGUACCGAAAGAUUGUUGGGAACAGACAGGAACCAAUGUGGGAAUUCAACUUUAAGUUUAAAAAACAGUCCCCCAGAUUAAAGAGCAAGUGCGUGGGAGGGUUGCAGCCUCCUGUUCAGUACCAGGAUGUUCACACCAACCCCGACCAUGACUGCUGCCUCCUGCAGGUCACCACCCUCAAUUUCAUCUUUAUUCCAAUUGUUAUGGGGAUGAUAUUCACCCUGUUUACGAUCAAUGUGAGCACGGACAUGCGGCAUCAUCGAGUGAGACUGGUGUUCCAAGAUACUCCUGUGCACGGUGGUCGGAAACUGCGCAGUGAGCAGGGUGUGCAAGUCAUCCUGGACCCAGUGCACAGCGUUCGCCUCUUUGACUGGUGGCACCCCCAGUACCCAUUCUCCCUGAGAGCGUAGUCCCUGUGUCCUGUCCCGGGGAGGGGUGGCUGGAUUGUUUCUCUGGUUAGUGAGGCACAUGCUCUUCAGGUUCCUGGGGCUCCUGCUGGGGGAGGGAGAAGGGUUGAAUCAAGAGGAAAAACAACCACGACUUCUAAACAUAUUUUAAUGUAAGAGUUUCAUCUGAAAGGAGAAACUGGGCCCUAUUUUCUGUGUUAAACCUCACUUGGUGCUAUUGAGUUUGUUCUUUAUUCUUUUAUCCCAAUGAAAAUGGAUGAUCUUGCUCUAGGAAAAAAUUAGACCCUUGAAUCAAACAAGGAAGUUUAAGCCUUCCCUAUGGAUCAGAGGAACCUUAGAGGCAUAGAAUUGCUGCUACUGUUGCUUCCAAUUUAGCUGCCCCUCAAAUUCAAGUGACUAUUCUCCCUUUACCCUUCUCCAGAAAUAAACCAGGUGACAGGGUUUUCAGAAUCUUAUAAGAUUGGCUUGUGUAUCUUUCUUUAAAAAUAAUUUUUGGAUAUUUAUCACAUAAAUAUUCUUUUGCCACUUUGGGAUUUUAGGUAUUUUUUUGCAUGAGGCUGAGAAUAGUAAUAGUAACGACUGUGUCCCUAGGUCCUGUACUAGGAACUUUAUAUAAUAUCUCUAAUUUCCACAGUCCUGCAAGGUAGGUACUGCCCUCAUCCUGUGGUCGAGGAAACGGAAUCAGUGACAUAGGCAGGACUCCCAGCCCUCCCACAGUUAGAAGGUUAUUCUUGGUUUUCUUGUGGUAGAUGGUGGCAGAGGGAAGUAGGCAGAGUGCACAUAGAAAAAGUCAAAGGUGAGUAAAAAUUUGUAGUGUGCCUUAUCCCUAAUCAACCUGAAGGUGUAUAAAAUUGAUGAAAGAAUCUGUUAAAUAUGUGUUUCUAAGUAAAAUGUAAAACAAACCAGGAAAUUUAUUAUAGGAAAGAUGGUGGUAUUUUCAUUGAAUUGUUAGGCAUUUAUUAUACUGAAGGUCAUUAAAAAUAUAUCCCCUGUCGAAACUGGGGUCCUGAA